UAUAAAGAAUGGUUGGAGUGUCAAUCUGCCUGCAGAGAGGCUGCUGCCGCUUUAAGGGCAGCUGGGGCAAUUAGACUGAAAGGGAUGAUGGUGGGGGUUUAAUGAGCCUCCCUUCUCAGGCACUGCUGGGUCUCCAAAGGCAUGGGGAUCCUGUAGGAGAGGCAGGAGCAGUGGAUCCAGACAGGGCACUUUCCCUGGGACAGGACAAGACUUGGGUCUGCCUGGUCUGACCCACUGGAAACAUGGCUACGAGUGCUGUUCCAAGUGAAAACCUGCCCACAUAUAAACUGGUGGUGGUUGGGGACGGUGGCGUGGGGAAGAGCGCUCUCACCAUUCAGUUCUUCCAGAAGAUUUUUGUGCCAGACUAUGACCCAACCAUUGAGGAUUCCUACCUGAAACACACGGAAAUAGAUGGCCAGUGGGCAAUUCUUGAUGUCCUAGACACUGCGGGACAAGAGGAGUUCAGCGCUAUGCGGGAGCAAUACAUGCGGACGGGGGACGGGUUCCUUAUAGUCUAUUCAGUCACAGACAAAGCCAGCUUUGAACACGUGGACAGGUUCCACCAACUGAUCCUCCGAGUCAAAGACAGAGAGUCUUUUCCAAUGAUAUUGGUGGCCAACAAAGUUGAUCUAAUGCAUUUGCGGAAAAUCACUCGGGAACAAGGAAGAGAAAUGGCCACUAAACAUAACAUCCCGUACAUAGAAACUAGUGCGAAGGACCCACCUCUGAAUGUUGAUAAAGCCUUCCAUGAUCUUGUUAGAGUAAUCAGGCAACAGAUCCCAGAGAAAAGCCAGAAGAAGAAGAAGAAGACCAAAUGGCGAGGAGACAGAGCGACCGGCUCCCACAAACUGCAGUGUGUGAUUUUGUGACCCGGGGGCUCUUGGCACCCCCGCCUGACCUAAUGUGAACUAAAAAAGCACUAGCGAGACACUGUACCACCUAACUGCACCGUAACGCUUCUCACAGUGGACCUUACACCGAGGAACUUGCCGGGGGGGUUGGACUCGCUGACAUACUUGAGCGGCGGCCAAACUGCUAGAGCUUGGCCUGGUUUGCAUGCGGUGCAGAGUGGAUUGCAAGCGUGGCGAGGAGGAGGGAAUAUCCAGGACCAGAACUCUCAAAGGUCAACAAUCCCCAGCUCCUUGGUGUUUAUUUUAAAAAGUGUGGGGGGGGUUUAAAGUGUUGGUUUUAUCUGCAAACAUUUCUCCAUGUGACCCAUUUCUAGCAGCCGUGAAUGACCCUUUGUUUGGUACAGUCAGUCGAGUGUGUAUGUGUCGGGGCAGGGGAAGGACUUUUUUUUUUUUUUUUUUUUGCUCAGUGAGCACUGGGUUGGAAAGAAACCUGGCUGGGGUUAGUUCCUUUUGCACUGAACUCUCUCUUAGACGGAGAUGCCAAAACGCAGCUUCAUAGUAGAGUGCAUCGAUUUGAAGGAAGAAAAUGAAUUCCAGCUGCUCUCCGCACUCCAGACCUUGUGUCAGACCCUGGAGGGCAGCCAGCUCACGUCCAUAAACUCCAGUGUCGAAAAGAAGGGGCGGGGGGUUACCCUCUGUGAGGAGGUUCUGUUUCUGUUUUGUAUUUUGGGGGCAUGUCUGAUUCAAAAGGUAUUUUGUUAACCUCAAAAUAUUUAAAUUAAAGUAAUUUACAAAUGGAAGGAACGGGCUUGGGGUUUUUUUAAGACAAAUCCGUACUGAUUUAUUUAGAGGAACAGACAUUAGGUGCUGCAUUCCUCUUUCCAAGUGUAUGUAAAACAGUGCUUGUAUUCCAAGUAGCUCCUGGAAUCUCCCUUGCCUUUCCCUACAAAACCAGUAACUGCACAAUAUGGAGAUGGCUAAUUGGUUUGUUCUCCCCAUCCAAGUUCUCAGUUCAGGAGAAUUGGCUCCAUUUCCUUACUCUUUUUUUCCUCCCUCCCACUUUCGGUUAGUUCCUGCUGCCUUUGACAUCGUUUCGGAGUUUUGCUGUUGACUCAAGUGGGAUUUGUCCCUUCAUGACUUUAGUGAGCCAUUGACAGCGUGGAGAUGAAAGAUGUCGGACCCUCAGAGCAGGUGCAGGUAUUCAAGCUGCCUUCAGAAGUGUUGACCUUAGUCCUGAGAGACCAUCUUUCAGAUUGAGGGAGGAAUGAAAUAUCCAUUCAGUCCUUGGCCUCUCUGACUGCUAAUUGUGGUGGGUUUUUUUUUUUAAUAGAAUGGACAGUCGUCUACCGGACUGAGACCACCAGUUCAUUCAGUGUGGGCUGCCAAGCACC